AUGAAAAAGUUUAUUAUUAGUUCGCUUUUCCUGGCCGCAGCUUUUGCAGCUUCAGGAUCAUUAUCAACUAUCCAAUCCACACUCGUUUCUACGUUACCAUGUUCUUCCCAAUCCGCCAAUGUGGUUCCAUCUCAAUUCAUCUAUGCCAAUGUAUCUACAUUUGCUUCUUUGAGUACUACAUAUAACGUUGUUGAUGUUUCAUCAUCACAAACUGCUAUCAAUGCUGGCUCAGAAGUAACUAACAGCCCACAAUCGAGCUCCAAGGCAAGACAAACCUUAUAUGAUUACGAUACUGCUUAUGAUAAUAAGGUUUUCGAAGUAACUCAUACUGUUUGUGAUAGUUAUAGUCAUUGUUAUGUGACUACUGAUCUUGAAAGUUCAACUACUUACACCACUACCAUUGAUGGUAUCUUAACUGUUAUUACUACUGUUGUUCCAGUUAGUGCUACAACUACUGGCUCUUCAAGUGAGUUCACUCAAACCGCUGCUGCUCAAAGCUCAACUCAGAGCACAGUUGCUGUAACUUCUUCGAGUGAAGUUACUCAAGAAACUGCUUCUGAAGGUGGACAGGGUACUACAGUCCAAUCAUCUGCUGUUACUCAACCAUCUGCCACUGAUGCUCCAUCUACUAAGACCGAAGAAAUAACUACUGUUGUCACAAUUACUUCCUGUGAUGAUAACAAGUGUUCCAUUGUUCCUCGUACAACUGGAUUAAAGGUUAUCACAGUCACUUCUAACGAUAUGGUUACAGCUUACACUACUUACUGUCCAUUAACCGGCGAAAUCUCAUCUCCAGCAGGAACAGUUGCCCCAUCUAGUCAAUCCACCUCUGGUUUAGUUGAGUCCUCUGAAGUUGAAAUUGAAAGUUCCGCAACCGAAACUCCACAACCUCAAGCCGAACCUACUCAAGGUGAAUCUAUCCCAGCUGAAUCUGUCCCAGUUGAAACACAGGCCACAGAAGUCGCCCCUCCACAAACAGAAACUCCUACUGCUUCUACUUCUGCUCCUAACAACAAGUUUUCCACCGUUAAUGUCAUCACCAACAAUAUCGUUACUCAAACCCCAGAACCAUCUACUGUUUCGCAACAAACUACAUCAGCAGAUCACCAAAUAAACUCACAAUUCACCACUUUCGAAGGUGCCGCUAACUCUAUUGUUGGCUCCACCAGUCUUAUCGGAAUAUUAAUUUCUUUCGUCUUUAUGAUGUUAUAA